AUGGGUUCUAAUAUCGAGAAUUCUCUCUACGAUUUCUAUCAUCACCCAAGCUCUUUCAUUACUUCUCCAACUUCACCCGAAGCCUUUGGUGUUAAAGUAAUUCCGCGUCAAUACCCAUGGUCAUUUACACAUGAACGCGGUAUUAGUAGCACCGAAGAAGCCUUCGAGGGCUCUGAUAAACAAAGGGUUGUGCGCUUUAGAGAUAAGCUUAUCGAAGAAGACGAGACAGAAUCUUUUUUUCAGUCAAUAACUCCAGAAAGUGCAAGCAGCAGGCUAAUACGUACACCAAGUGCACUCUAUAAAGAAUCCAUUUUAGCACAAACAACACCUAAAAAGAGAACACCGUCUUCUUCUUCACGAGUCAUACCGACAUCAAACACCUCUUCCUCCAAUGCGUCAUCCUCUUCCUUUCUAUCUGAUAAUCUUUCUCCAAUUGGUUUGCGUAAUCUAACUACUCCAUCUUUCUUGAGAACCCCUCCUUCAAUGUACCACACUUCUUAUUCUCAACAAUCAUCAUCACUGAGAGACAACAACACAUUUGCUAAUCUGAAGCGUCCAUCACAGCUCUCACUCUCGCGAUUUGAUGAAAAAGUCAGAUUGAAGGAAAUUCCUUCGAUAAUGACAAACUUUGACCCGGAUAAAGAUAAAAAAUUUUAUGGUCAAGCUGUGGGAAUUUACAAGAGUUUCAGUAGAAAUCUCAAUGACAAUGAUGAUGGUGGUGAUGAUAAGCAUAAGCAACGCGAGCUAAUAUUAUAA